AUGGUCGAGGUGGUGACGGCCAUGGUAGAGGUGGUGAUGGCCAUGGUAGAGGUGGUGGUGGUGGUGAAGGUGGUUGAGAAGGUGGUGGUGGCCAUGGUGGAGGUGGUGGUGGUGGUAGAGGUGGUGGUGAAGGUGGUUGAGAAGGUGGUGGUGGCCAUGGUGGAGGUGGUGGUGGUGGUAGAGGUGGUGGUGAAGGUGGUGGUGGCCAUGGUGGAGGUGGUGGUGGUGGUAGAGGUGGUGGUGAAGGUAGUUGAGAAGGUGAUGGUGGCCAUGGUGGAGGUGGUGGUGAUGGUGCUGUUGCUGGGAGUGGUG